UGUCCACUCAAUUAUUAAUAUAGAUUUGCAUAUUAACAACCUCACUAGCCGAUUUCAUUUGCAUUUAAAAUGAUUAAUUUUGAAGGUUAAAACUUAAAAGUUAAUAUAGUUACACGUCUUUCAAAUUCCCGCAUGCUAUCCAUUCUAGGUGUAAAAGAGCAACAGUUUAUGUUGACUGUUAGGACUUUUGAUAUUUCCCUUAUUUAAUUAAUUAUAAAAAGUUGUCCUUUAUUUUCCUUAUUUAUUAAUAUUUUCUCACAAAACACAAUAUACAAUUGAUGAUACAUUCCUAAUAUAAUUUGUUUAUAUUUCCUUUGCCUUCUACUAAUUUAUUCACACCGCAAUCACUUCUUCUUUUUUGCUUCUGGCCUCUCCUUCCUCUUCCCCAAAAACCCUGAAUGUUCUUCCUUAACGCUGCUCAUCUGAUCGAUUAAAGGAAUCCAAUUUCUCAUACCCAAAUGAAUCUGAGUGAGAAGAGAAAUGUUGAUGGAGAUUGGAUUGCGACACUAUUGAGCUUAGAGUUCUUUGGGACAUGUGUGGAUCAUAUGCAUCUUCGAAAGAACGAGAAAAAUGUCUUUUGCAUUGACUGUAACAUCGAAAUCUGCAGACAUUGUUGUAACACAGAAGCUCACUCUGUCCAUCGUCGUCUUCAGAUCUGCAAAUAUGUUUAUCAAGAUGUUCUGCGUCUCCUCGAUAUUCAACACUACUUUGAUUGCUCCGAGAUACAGACAUAUAAAAUAAAUGGAGAAAAGGCAAUACAUUUGAAUUCGAGGCCGCAAGCAAAAGAUGCAAGACCUUCAACAAAGUCCAAGAAUGCAGCUUCAUGCGUUACUUGUAAAAGAUAUAUUCAAGAUCGUCCUAAUCGAUUUUGCUCCAUCUCAUGCAAGAUUUCAUCAGGCCCUCCGAAAAAACGUAAGUUUUGUUUCUCUUCAGAAGUGGAACAAAGUGUUUUGGAGAAAGAACAUUAUAAUCGAGAAGGAAGUUUAGAAGAGAAAAAAUCAUCCAUAUCGUCACUCACCGAUGUUUCAGAAGACUCGGAAGCUUUAUUGAGUAAUCUUUCACUGAGACCAUUCACGAGACUACUCAAGAGAAAAGGAAUUUCCCAAAGAUCUCCUCUUCAUUGAUUUUUUUUUUCUUUGUUUUUCUGGAUUGUGUUCAAAGCUAUACAGUCUUUGCAUUUUCCAUUUGAAAGUGAUAUAAUAUUGGAUAUUAAUUUUAUGUUUUAAAUUAAUAAUUUAUAAAAAAAAUAUAGUGAAUGCUGUGAGACAAAAAGAAGAAAUGAGACCAGAGCGAUGGUGAUGUUGAAGGCCGUAUGAAUGAUUUAUUUAUUAUCA